AUGGUCCUACCAUGCAAUUUGAAAAUAUCUGUAUCUUCCGUGCUGGCCUUCACCUCCAACUUUGACUUCUAUGAUCCAAAGCCCAAGAAGAGAAAUGGGAUAAACUGCUUCACGGUCUUGCUGCUCAUCUACCUGAUUCUGCUCACCGCAGGUGCUGGGCUGCUGGUGGUGCAAGUUCUGAAUCUGCAGAAGCGGCUCCGGGCCCUGGAGAUGCCCUACAACAAUCAAACGCUGGUCCCCGAGCAUCUCCUGCAGACCCAGCUCAUCCGCGUCCGCACCAGGCAGGAGCACCUACUACGACUGGUGGACAACUUUACUCGGAUCCCAGGACCCCCAGGACCCCAAGGUCCACCAGGAAUCAAGGGAGAGGCAGGAAGAAAGGGAGACAUAGGCAUGAAAGGAGACAUGGGGGUCAUGGGACCCCCUGGAGCCCGUGGGGAUAAAGGUGACUCAGGGAUGCCCGGUUCCCCAGGUGUGGCUGGAAUUCCUGGACUCAAAGGAGAUCAAGGACAACCCGGAGCCAAGGGUCUUCCAGGCUUUCCAGGAGCUGCGGGAUCCCCGGGUGCCAAGGGUGAGCCUGGCAGCGCUGGUCCCACUGGACCAAUAGGACCAUCAGGGAGGCCCGGGAGUCCAGGAGCCGAAGGUGUGAAAGGAAGCAAGGGGGACACAGGACUUCAAGGACAGAAAGGAACAAAAGGAGAAUCAGGAGUUCCAGGCCCUGCAGGCGUGAAGGGAGAGAUGGGAAGCCCAGGCCUGGCCGGCCUCAAGGGGGCACCUGGACCAGACGGCCGAAAGGGAGAGCCCGGAGCGAAAGGAUCUUCUGGGCCGAAAGGAGCAAAGGGAGAAAAAGGUCAAAAAGGCGAAUCCAUGUUAUCUGUCCGGAUUGCUGGCUCUAGGAACCGAGGCCGGGCUGAAAUUUACUAUAAUGGUGCCUGGGGGACAAUUUGCGAUGAUGACUGGGACAAUUCAGAUGCCACCGUCUUCUGCCGCAUGCUGGGUUUCUCUUCGGGAACUGCCGUUUUCAACGUGGGAGCUGGCACUGGGACCAUCUGGCUGGACAACGUUGCAUGUCAAGGGUCGGAAUCGACCCUAUGGAGCUGCAGCAAGAACAACUGGGGCUCUCACAACUGCAACCACAGUGAGGAUGCGGGUGUGGACUGCAGCUGA